UUCAGGGGACGACCCUUUUGGACAUUUCAGCUUUGAGCCAAUUUAUUGGCGUCGCGCGCCAUCUACGGGCAGAUCACAGAUCAAGAUGGCAGCGUCAACAGCACAGAAGGUCCAGGAGGUUCGUGAAGUGACGAGGAUCGAGCGGAUAGGAGCUCAUUCCCACAUCAGAGGUCUUGGUCUAGAUGAUGCCCUGGAAGCAAGGAAUGUCUCUCAGGGGAUGGUUGGACAAACUGCAGCCAGGAGAGCUGCAGGAGUCAUCCUGGAGAUGAUCAAGGAAGGUAAAAUAGCAGGGAGAGCAGUCCUUAUUGCAGGCCAGCCAGGUACUGGCAAGACUGCUAUAGCUAUGGGUAUGGCUCAAGCCCUUGGUCAAGACACACCCUUCACAGCUAUAGCCGGCAGUGAGAUCUUCUCGCUAGAGAUGAGUAAGACAGAGGCUCUCACUCAGGCUUUCAGAAGAUCUAUCGGAAUCAGAAUCAAAGAGGAGACUGAAAUCAUUGAGGGAGAAGUGGUGGAGAUCCAAAUCGAUAGACCAGCUACUGGAACAGGUGCCAAGGUUGGGAAGCUGACUCUAAAGACGACCGAGAUGGAAACGGUUUAUGACCUCGGAACAAAGAUGAUUGAAUCUCUCACAAAGGAGAAGGUCCAAGCAGGUGACAUCAUCACGAUAGACAAGGCUACAGGCAAGAUCAAUAAGCUUGGAAGGUCAUUCACAAGAGCCAGGGACUACGAUGCUAUGGGACCACAGACUAAGUUUGUUCAGUGCCCCGAAGGUGAGCUUCAGAAGAGGAAAGAAGUCGUCCACACGGUGACGUUACAUGAGAUAGACGUUAUCAAUAGCCGUACACAGGGGUUCCUUGCUCUCUUCUCAGGAGACACCGGUGAGAUCAAGCCGGAGGUGCGAGAGCAGAUCAACGCCAAGGUGGCUGAGUGGAGGGAGGAAGGAAAGGCAGACAUUGUACCAGGGGUUCUAUUCAUUGAUGAGGUUCACAUGCUGGACAUUGAAAGCUUCUCAUUCUUGAACCGAGCUCUAGAAGAUGACAUGGCCCCGGUCCUCAUCAUGGCUACUAACAGAGGCAUUACAAGAAUUCGAGGCACCAGCUACCAGAGUCCUCACGGAAUCCCUCUAGACUUGUUGGACAGGCUACUCAUCAUCUCCACAUCAACCUACAAUGAGAAGGAGUUGAAGCAAAUCUUGAACAUCAGAUGUGAGGAGGAAGAUGUUGAGAUGACUGAUGAUGCGCUGACGGUCCUGACGAGGAUUGGUUUAGAGACAUCAUUGAGAUACGCCAUUCAGCUCAUCACAGCAGCAAACCUUGUCUCCAGGAAAAGAAAGGGUACGGAGGUAGAAGUAGAUGAUAUCAGGCGCGUGUAUUCUCUCUUCUUGGAUGAAUCAAGAUCAACGCAGUUCUUGAAAGAAUACCAGCAAGAUUUUAUGUUCAACGAGGUGGACCCGGCAGGAGAUAAUGAUGAGGAAAUGGAUACAUGAGGAUGUCUCAUCCGAGCUUCAAACCCCUCAUUUGUUUUGUCAACAUAGCAUCUAUUUAUUCACUCUGUGCCUCGGAUACCGGUCUCCCAGAAAAUACACCCAUAAUCCAAACAUCACUCAAGUAUACUGCUCGACCAGAAACUUCACAAAGAUACUUCCGUGAUUAAUGCAAAUGCAGUGUUAUGUCAGUUGUGUUUUUAUCGUUAUGCGUGGCUUGAAUCUUAUGCAAAUUUGGCAAACGGCUUUAAAAUUAAGGUGCAACACGGCUUGGAAAAAUCUUUCCCCCUCCUUCUCCCCCCUCUCAUUAUUAUUUUUUUAAUUUUUAAUUGAACACUUAUUUCCCUAAAUAAAAAUUUAGGGCCUAUCAACCCAGGGUUGGGUUUAAAUGAAUUAACUGAAUACAGACUUUUCUGUUUCUGAGUGUAAUAAUGGAUGUUUUACCUUGUACUUAUAAACAACUUUGUAACAGAAUUGACUGCUUUUGUGACCAUGUGAAAUAUCAGAGGGGUUGAAUAGGACCUUUGAAGAAAA